UAGGAAAAAAAUAAGAAGAAAGCAUAGAAAAUGGACAGUGUUUGAGUCUGCCAUACUGUCAAAUCUGAAGAGAAAUGUAUCUAUCCAGUGUCCAGAAAACAAACAGAUUAGGUUUUCCAGUCAACCUGCAUACAGAUGUGGAAGCUGCUGCUACUAUCACCGCAAGCUGGAUAGACUAGCUUGAAGACAGACAGCAGUAGUAUGCCACCUUAAGCAACACUGAGCUGUCCACGGCAGAACGGUGGUGCAGUAGUUAGCACUGUCGCCUCACAGCGAGAAAAUUCCACCGGGGCCUUUCAGUGUGGAGUUUGCAUCUAUCCCUGUGCCUGUGUGGGUUUCCUCCAGGUACUCCAGCUUCCUCCCGCAGUCCAGAGACAUGCAGCUUCGUCCAUCUUUGUACAAUCUGGUCUCUCCACUUGUUGAAGAUGUAGUCUAUUUGAUCUCAGUGGGGAUGUCUCCAAACACAGUCUCUCCUGCCUUGUUGCUACGGUCAGUGUGGUUGCUGUUCUUCCUGACCCCCAUCACCCAGACAACACACUCUACCCCAACAUCUGAAACUUCUCUGCUAGUCAAUACCACACUGUUGUUCGAUGGUGACGCCCCAGGGUACAACCUGCGGAACUGCAGCUGCUCUAAACCUGUGCAGGACUGCAAUGAGGCUCUGGCCAACUCGCUGUGCAGAUGCCACACUGUUUUGCGCUCCGCUCUGCCCCUUUCUGUGCUAAAAGAUCCUGGAAGACUCACCAUCUGGGUAAAGGAGCUCUGGGUCCUGGAGGAACUGUUGAACAGGAGCAUGGUUGGCCAUUUACAGUUGUCUUUUUGUGGAAUAAAACCAAUGGACAGUAAGUACCUUGCUUUGCUAGGUCUACACACCCUCAAGAUCCACAGUGCAGCACCAGAAGCACCCUACCCCAACCAGGAGAUUUCAAUUUUCCCUGCAGGAGGGGUUGCAGUGGAGUUAGAGGCCCUCUCCUUUGAAUUCUCCUCGUCCUUCCACGUGACCAUCCUAGAUGUAGCAGUGCUUAACGGGCUCUCUGCCCUGAAGGCAUACAGUGUUGUUGGACCACCUGCUCCCACCCUCUCCCAGCACUUUCCACACCUGGCUAUUCCCCUCGCUCUGCCAUCCCCUACUGCUCCUGAUGAUCCUAUGGACCCCACUGAGCAGGCUGCAGAGCCUCUACAGAAACUGCUCAUUACGUUUGUCUACUAACAACAAGUUCUCAAGGGCACAGUCAGUUCUGCCGUACAAGUUACAGGAAUUUUAUACAACACAGCUGGAUAUAUUCUGUUCUCUUUUUGCAAAGAAACAAUGUACAUCUGACAUUCUCUCUGUGGAAUAUAUUAUUUUUUUGUAUGACUGGCUGCUGUGCUAUCAUUCUGGCCUAAACAUGGCUUUCACCUAUCUCUCAAGAAAGGCAGACAUUUUGUUCUCCCUGAUGUACUUUUCCAAGGAGACUAUUGAUUUCAUGAAAGGAACUGCCCAGAUAUUUCUGCACUCAUAACUCAUAUGAACACAAAGUUGGGUAAUGCUUACACCAGCUACAAUUUCAAGUCUUACUACAGCAUAAAUUGGGUAUAAAACCGUGAGAUAGGUAAUGUUGAUAUGUUAACCAGAAAGCUACAAUAACCCUGAUCAUUACAUCACAACUGUUCUGCUUCUGUUAUAGGCAAUACUUUGCUUGUGCUAACUUUUCGGAACUGGUGCACAUAUAUGCUUCAACGCUAUGAACACACAUUGUAUUUACAUGCAUAAAUAUUAUCUCAGCACCUUCUAAUGUCUAUAUCUUGAAGAGUGUUUUACAUGCACAUACACAUUCUGUUGGUACCAUAGCAACAUUUGACUGUCACAUUGGCAUGCAUGGAAAGCGAAGUCCAUCCAACAGUGGUCAGAGUGUCUUGCCCUUCAGUAUAGUUUAUAUUAAUCCGAUGUGGUGUCACACAACUGCAAUAUCUGUCUUGAGAUGCAACAUGGAAUUGUAUAUUGAGGCUCCGGUUCUGUCAUUACUCUUAAAAUCUCCUGAAAGAUUGCAAAUGGGAAAUAUAUUCUUGCAUAUAAAUCUUGUUAUCUUAUUGGCGAUGGUCUCUUUACAAGCUUCCGGUGAGGAUCCAGCAGCAGCAGAUGAGCCCUCAGAUUUGUUGUGGAUAUAGAUUAAGAUAGCUUCAUUUCACAAAGUCAGCAAACAGGCUUGUCUUUGUUGUUAAUUUUUCCAUCUGUGUAGAUCCCAAAAUAUUUGGGUUCUAUCAUAUACUACUUGAUGCUUGAGAUGCUUCGGUGUCAUGAUUAUCUGAUCAGCAUGGCUUUGCUAGCUUUACUAGCUUUCUUUGCUUAGUUGAACUGAUAGGUCAAUAGGAAAUGUAACAGGUCAAAAU